CCGCCAUGGUCUGCAAGAAGUGUGAGAAGAAACUUUCUAAAGUCGCAGCGCCGGAUCCCUUCCAGUCCUCCUCGUCCAGCAUCAAAGAGGGGUCGCGGAAGGUGGGCGGACACAACGUGCUUGGGAAACCUCGAGCUGGCGGGUCGUCGUCCAAGAAUCGGUAUUCACCAUACCAGAACAAAUGCAAAGACUGCAAGCAGACGACGACGCAGAACGGGGCAAAGUACUGUCACGGAUGUGCUUACAAGAAAGGUAUUUGCUCGAUAUGCGGCAAACAGAUCCUGGACACGUCCGGCUAUGUCAUGUCGAGCAAAUAGAACUCCGGGUCGACGUGUAGACUUCGGGCGGAUGCUUUUACUUUCUAGCAUAUAUUGUAUAUCAUGAACCUUUGGGGAGACUGUAUCGUAAUGCUGUGUAUGUGCUCUCGUGUUAUUUAUAAUAAUGCAAUAAACAUUCCCUCUA